AUGGUUAGCAAGGCUAUUGUCGCUUCUCUUCUCUUUGGCGCUGCUAUCGCUGUGCCUACCAGCAGCAGCAAGAACUCUGUGCCCAAGGCCGUUUCCAAGCGAGCCGUCGGCGAGAUCGUCACCAGCACUCUCGCCCGCUUCGACAACUCCAACGGUGCCGACGGCGUGGGCGCUGGUGCCGACUCCUACACUCUCUUUCUGGGCGAUGGCAGCGUUAGCGCUGGCUGGCCGGACCAGAGCAGCUGGGUCUCCUUCGACGACAUGUUCGCCGCAAACAAGGCCACCAUGCUCUCUUCUUGCACCAACCUGGGAGGUGAAGCCAACACCAGCGAGGAUGAGGUUCAGGCCAUCCACGACGGUAUCCAGGCCGCCGCUGCAGCCAGUGGUGUGGACCACCGUUUCAUCCUUGCUAUCCUCAUGCAGGAGUCCAAGGGUUGCGUUCGUGUUCAGACUACCAACUUUGGCGUUCGAAACCCGGGUCUUCUGCAGGAUCAUGACGGUCUUGCCACCUGCAACGAGGGAGGUGUUGUCCAAAAUCCUUGCCCAUCUGCCACUAUUGCGCAGAUGAUCCUGGAAGGCGUUGCAGGAACUCCUACUGGUGACGGUCUGGCCAACACCAUUAACCAAGCUGGCAAUACUGAUGUCUCGGCUUUCUACCGUGGAGCCCGGAUCUACAACUCGGGUUCAGUCUCCAGCACUGGCAACCUCGAGAGCAACAUUGCUACCCACUGCUAUGCCAGUGAUGUUGCAAACAGGUUAACUGGUUGGGUUAACUCUCCUAGUGCCUGUACUUGCGAUUCUGAUCCUACAAGCUGUGGCGUUGUCUUGAACUGA